AUAAUAAGGGGUAUUUCCAUUUGAAUUCAAAGUUUGAAAUUGAAUUUGGUUAGAGUGGAGAGAGACACCUAACGCUAAAAAACCAAUCUUAUAAUUCCUCUUCAUUUUCCCCCUCUUUCUAAAACUUGAAAAAAAAGCUUCUUUACUCUUUUGUGUCUGAGAGAGAGAAAAAGAGAGUAACAGUAAGUAACAGAAUAAUCAUGGAAAACAAAAACCCUGAAUCUGAGAAAGCAAACUCCAAAGGAACUCUGAUUCACGAUGGAAAAUACAUUCAAUACAACGUCUUAGGCAACCUUUUCGAAGUCUACUCCAACUACAUUCCUCCUCUUCAACCCGUCGGCCGCGGCGCAUACGGCAUCGUUUGCUGUGCAACUAACUCAGAUACGAAUGAAGGUGUUGCGAUAAAGAAGAUUGGGGAUGCGUUUGAUAAUAGGAUUGAUGCUAAGAGAACACUGAGGGAAAUUAAACUUCUCUGUCACAUGGAUCAUGAUAAUGUGAUUAAGAUUAAGGAUAUAAUUAAACCCGCCGAUAAGGAAAAGUUUAAUGAUGUGUAUAUUGUGUAUGAGUUGAUGGAUACUGAUCUGCAUCAGAUUAUUCAAUCAAAUCAGGCUCUCACUGAUGAGCACUGCCAGUAUUUUCUAUAUCAACUCUUGCGAGGAUUGAAGUACAUACACUCUGCAAAUGUUUUGCACCGAGAUCUAAAACCAAGCAAUUUACUUCUCAAUGCAAACUGUGAUCUGAAAAUAUGCGACUUUGGGCUUGCCAGAACAACCUCUGAGACAGACUUCAUGACAGAGUAUGUUGUGACUCGUUGGUAUAGAGCCCCUGAAUUGCUACUGAACUGUUCAGAAUAUACUGCUGCUAUUGAUGUAUGGUCGGUUGGUUGCAUUUUGAUGGAGAUAAUUAGAAGGGAGCCUCUGUUUCCUGGUAAAGAUUAUGUUCAGCAAUUGGCGCUCAUAACUGAGUUGUUAGGUUCACCAAAUGAAGAAGAUCUCGGAUUCCUCAGAAGUGAUAAUGCAAAGAAAUAUGUUAAGCAGCUCCCGCACGUAGACAAGCAGCCCUUUGCAGAGAGGUUUCCUGAUAUGUCUCCACUGGCACUUGAUCUUGCUGAGAAAAUGCUGGUUUUUGAUCCCUCCAAACGCAUAACUGUUGAGGAAGCACUGAAUCACCCAUAUAUGUCAAGUCUUCAUGAGAUCAACGAGGAGCCCGUUUGUCCAUCCCCGUUUGUCUUUGAUUUUGAACAGGCAACUCUGAAUGAAGAUGAUAUAAAGGAGCUCAUAUGGAGGGAGUCUCUGAACUUCUGCAAGGAGCAGAUUCUUGAAUAGACUAGGCACAAUGGUCGUUUUUCUUUUAUCCAGAGAUUCUAUGGAAUUUUAUAAUACAGGUUUCAAGUUUGGGCUAGAAAGUGGUAUUCUAGAAAACAUGUUAUAGAAGGUGUAUUAGAGGUAUGGAGUUGCAAGAAUGAGUGGUGCAUGUGAUGAUCAUGUAGUCUAUUCUCAGAGUGACCAAGAAGACAGAUUCUCUCAGUCCUGUUGUUAUGAGAGGGCAAUGUUUUCUCUUUUCCUUUGUAUCUUGGUGAUUGUUAUACAUAAACGAGGGGCUUAUGCCUCCAAGCCUUUGUCUUUGGCUUCAUAUUGUAUAAAUCCAAAUAUAGUUGUUAAGAUAAGCCACAAUAUAGUGGUUUUCGUUUUUGUGUGCUUAA